AUGGGGGAGUUCGAGGUGCACCGGGUGCGGUUCUUCGGCCUGGUGCCGGCCGGCGUGCGCUGCCUGGCCUGCCAGCCCCGCGGCGGCCGCCUGGCCCUGGCCCGCACCGACGGCGCCGUCGAGGUCUACAACUUCGCCGCCAACUACUUCCAGGAGAAGGUGAUCCCCGGGCACGAGGCCCGGUCGGUGGAGGCGCUGUGCUGGACGGCGGGAGACCGGCUCUUCGGGGCCGGCCUCGGCGGGGACAUCACCGAGUACGACCUGGCCCGGCUGUGCGCGGCCCACUCCGUCGAUGGCGGCGGGGGGCCCAUCUGGAGCAUGGCGGCCAACGGCAGCGGCACACUGCUGGCGAUCGGCUGUGAGGAUGGCUCAGUUAAGCUCUUCCAAAUCGUGCCCGGCGGGAUCCAGUUCGAGCGGAACCUGGACAGGCGGAAAGGCCGCAUCCUGUGCCUCUCCUGGCACCCGUCAGGCACUCACAUAGCGGCUGGCUCCAUCGAUGUCCUCCGCGUGUUUGACGUCUGUUCAGGCCAAACCGUCCAGAGGAUCAUGGUGAACUAUACCAUGCAGAACGCGAAGCGCGAGUGCAUCGUGUGGAGCAUCGCCUUCCUCUCCAGCGGCACCGUCGUCACCUCGGACUCUUUCGGGAGGGUGCAGUUCUGGGACUGGGAGCGAGGCACGCUGCUGGAGUCGCACACUGUCAGCACCUCGGCUGUCCUCUCACUGGCCGUGUCAGAGAAAGAGGACAGCAUCAUCGUGGGCACCUCGACCGGGGCCACCUACCAGUUUCAGCUGCUGCCGGUGAAAAUGGGCAGCCUGGAGAAGCGCUGGGUGCGGACAAAGCCCUUCCAGCAUCACACGCAUGACGUGCGAGCUGUGGCGCACAGCUCGACGGCUCUCAUCUCCGGGGGUCUGGACGCCCAGUUGGUGAUCCGCCCGCUGAUGGAGAAGAUGCAGAAGAAGGGCUACGAUGCAGUACUCCGCAAAUUCAUCUUCCCCCACCGACGCCUUGUCUCCUGUGCCAGGAAAGCCCGGUUGCUCCUCUUCCAGUUCUCCCAGCACCUGGAGCUCUGGAGACUUGGCUCCACUGACGGGACCGGAAAGGAUGGCGAGGUCCUUCCCUUACGUCGCAUGCCUGAGCACCUUGUGCAGCUCAAGAGCAAGGGUCCGGAGCACAUCUACUGCAGCUGCGUCUCGCCCUGCGGCAGCUGGCUCGCCUACUCCACAGCCUCCCGCUUCCACCUCUACCGAGUGCGAUACGAGGGCAACAGUGUCAGUGUCAAGAAGGUCCCCAAAGUGCCCAAGCUGCUGCUCCCAGCCUACCAGCUCCAGUUCUCCUCUGACUCCGGCAGCCUCUUCGUUGCCUCCGCUCGAGGCUCCGUCCACGUCCUCCAGCUGCUGGAGCCAGGGGGCUGCAAACACCUGCACACGUUUCGGCCGCCCUCAGGGUCCCCCGAGGCCGUUUACCUGCUGGCAGUGAGCGCAGAUGGGCACUGGCUGGCUGCAGUUGGCGGGGACUGGGCAAUCCACAUCUACAACCUGAAAUGCUUCAAGCAUCACUGCACAGUGCCCACAUACAGCUGUGCGGUGACGGCUCUCGCCAUCCACCCCGUCUCCAACAACCUGGUUAUCGCCUACUCGGACCAGCAGCUGUUCGAGUUCAGCAUUCCCGAGAAGCAGUACACGGCCUGGAGCCGCAUGGUGCAGAACUGCGGGCUGCACAAGGUCUGGCUGGAGAGGGACUCGCCCAUCACCCACAUCACCUUCAACCCCAAGAACCCCUCGCACAUCCUGCUCCACGACGUCUACAUGUUCUGCGUCCUCGACAAGUCCCUGGUGAGUCCGCGUCCCUUGCCGGACAACAGUGCCCUCCUGAUGAAUCAGAGCACCCUGAAGCAGCUCCCGGAAACGGCCAGGCAGCGGCAGCUCCACGCCUUCAAGAUCUGCAAGAAAUUCCAGCCUCUGCUCUUCGCGGAUCUGCUGGACGAGAACUGCCUCGUGAUGGUGGAGCGGCCCAUCAUGGACAUCAAGACCCAGCUGCCCCUGCCCAUCCAAAAGAAGAAAUUUGGCACCUGAGAGCAGAACAAGCUGCUCCAGCCGCAGAAACUGUGCGUGUUGCUUUCCUAGAGUG